AUGGUGACGCUGCAGGUGCCGGAGUUGGACAGGAAGAAGUCCCUGUCCAUGUCCCACCUGCCUGCCCAGGACACCAACUUCCUCUGCGUGCCCGGCGCCAAGAGUCUGCUGGAGCUGCAGGAGAUCACGACGCUGUCCAUGAAGUCGCACGAGUCGCUGCGUCGCAUUGAAUCCAACACGGCAAUUGUGGUUCCGGAGAACUUCAGCUUCUCCUCACUGGCCAUCCAAGUGUACAAGAUGCGCUGGGCAAUGCUACUGCUCUGUCUCGCCUCCGUGACACUCACGUACAUGCAGUGGAUUCAGUACAGCAUCGUGGCCAACAUCAUUAUGCGCUACUAUCGCGUCUCGUCGCUGCUCGUGGACUGGACUUCCAUGGUCUUCAUGAUCACCUACAGUCUCCUCGUCUUUCCCGUGUCCUUCUUCAUGGACAUCAAGAGACCUCGCCAGGCCGCCGUGAUGGGAUCUGUGCUCCUGGCUCUGGGAUCGUGGAUUAAGGUCUUCUCACUUGGUCGAGAUCUCUUCCUUGUGACUUUCGUGGGACAGACAAUUGUGGCCAUUGCGCAGGUCUUUGUCGUGAGUCUGCCAUCAAGAUUGGCCUCCACGUGGUUUGCACCCGAAGAGGCGUCCAAAGUCUGUGGCCUGGGCGUUUUUGGGGCACAACUCGGCACAUCACUGGGCUUCUUCCUCACACCGUGGCUCGUGCAGAAUGACGAGAUGAUCGAGAACAUCCACCAGGAUCUGGAGAUCAUGUUCAUCGGUGAUGCAGGAAUCUCAACUGCGAUCUCUGUGUUCACUGUGGCAGUGUUCCAGUCGCAGCCAGAGAAGCCACCCAGUCACAUCCAGGCCAUCCAGCGGAGUGUGCGCGCCACAAACAAGGGCUACUGGAAGUCCAUGUGGGGUCUGCUCAGGCAGCGUGACUACAUCAUCCUCGUGGUGGCGUACGGAAUGAAUGUCGGCGUUUUCAACUCAAUGCUCACGCUCCUCAACCAGAUCAUCCUCAACUACUUUCCCGACAGCGAAAAAGACGCUGGAUACAUUGGGGCGGCAAUCAUUGGGACCAGCUUAGUGGGAUCCGUGGUGUUUGGCUUCAUCAUGGACACUUGGCAUGAGUACAGAAAGACUGCUGUCUGGGUUUAUGGCAUUUCCGCUCUCACCGUUCUCGUGUUCUCUCUGUCGCUGGAAAGCAGAGACAAGAAGCUUCUCUACGUCGCAUCGAUUCUCAUGGGAUUCUUCAUGAGCGGCCUGCAGACCAUCGGUUAUGAGCUGGCUGCUGAACUGACCUAUCCCGAGCCCGAGGGUCCAGUGGCGGGCAUCAUGAACAUCUCCACGCACAUCUUUGGCGUUCUCUUCACCAUCAUCAUCUCGCGCAUUCACGACACACUCGGCGAUUUGGCCGGCAAUCUGGCCUUCACGGUGCUUCUAGUCAUCGGUGCCUCCAUCACGGCCAUGAUCAAGGCCGAGCUGAAGAGGCACUCGGCAUACAAAGAGGUUGCAUCGGCGGCCGAAGAGCUGGCGCAGCUCGAGAAGCAGAUCGUCUUCAAGACCGAUGACUUCUAGGCUUUUCCCCUCUUUGUACAGAAAACCA